CGCCGCGCCCUUCCCCGCCCGCCGCGCCGCGCCGAGCCGCGGAGGCAGCGCGGGCCAUGGGGGCCGCCCCGCGGCGCGGCGCAGCGGCGUCUCGGCGCCCCAGCGAGUGCGGGAGCCGCCGGGGGCGGCGCUGAGCCCCCCGCCCGCCCCCCCCCGUCCGCGCCGCCGCAGCCCCCGGCGGGGAGAGCUCGGCUCGGCUCGGCUCGGUCCCGCCGCGGAUGCCGCCAUGGGGAGCAGCUUCUCCAGCAUCCCCGCGCUGCCCCGCGGCGGCCAGGGCCGCCUGCACCGCGCCCGCCACCACCACCUCAAAGAUUCUAUAGGUGGCUCGUUUCCAGCUUCCUCUCACCGAUGCCACCACAAGCAGAAGCACUGUCUCCCUAUCCCACAGUGUGGAGCUCUGUCCAUCAGCCCUCUGCUUUUCCAUCCCCACACAAAGGGAUCCCAGAUCAUCAUGGACACGACACAGAAAGCAGUGAAGCGCCAGGCUAGCUUCUGCAAUGCCAUUACCUUCAGCAACAGGCCUAUCGUUAUUUAUGAACAAGUCAGGCUUAAGAUCACUAAAAAGCAGUGUUGCUGGAGUGGAGCUCUCCGACUUGGGUUUACUUCCAAGGAUCCAUCCAGGAUUAACCCUGACACCCUGCCGAAGUACGCGUGCCCCGACUUGGUUUCCCAAAGCGGUUUCUGGGCCAAGGCUCUGCCAGAAGAGUUUGCGAAUGAGGGAAACAUCAUAGCAUUCUGGGUGGACAAGAAGGGACGGGUUUUCUAUCGGGUGAACGACUCUGCUGCAAUGCUGUUCUUCAGCGGGGUGAGGACCACAGAACCGCUCUGGGCUUUGAUUGAUGUCUACGGACUCACCCGCGGCGUGCAGCUCUUAGACAGCGAAAUCAUUCCUCCCGACUGCCUGCGGCCCCGGUCCUUCACUGCCAUCCGCCGGCCCUCACUGCGGCGGGAGACGGAGGACACGCGCCUCUCCGUCAGCCUCUGUGACCUCAACCUCCAGGAGGAGACCUUCCACGUGAUGGCCACCACGUGCCCCAUCCCGCAGAACUCCCUCAACUCCCAGCACUCCCACCUCCUCCCCUCCCAGCUCGAGAGCGACCUCCGCUUCCACCAGCUCAGGGGAGCCCACAUUAAAAUCCUGGAUGACCAAACUGUGGCCCGGCUGGAGCACGCCCGGGAGGAGAGGACUUUGGUUUUCACCAGCAGACCCCUUAGGAUCAACGAAACAAUUUUUGUCAAAAUUAACAAGUCCAACGCCGCGCGCACCGGGACGCUGUCCUACGGGGUGACGUCCUGCGACCCCAGCACCCUGCGGCCCAGCGACCUUCCUUAUAACCCCGAGUCUUUGGUCGACAGGAAGGAGUUCUGGGCUGUCUGCCGAGUCCUGGUGCCCCUCCAGAGCGGAGACAUCUUGGGAUUUAUGGUGAAUUCGGAUGGCGAGCUGCACUUGAGUCACAACGGUGCCAGCACCGGCAUGCAGGUCUGCGUGGACUGUUCCCAGCCCCUCUGGAUGUUCUUUGGUUUACACGGCGCAGUCAUGCAGAUUCGCGUGCUAGGUUCCACCAUAUUAGCUGAGCGGCUGGGGCUGUCCACACCAAGCUCACCCACAUCAGCACCAAAUUCGCCCACCGUCCUCUGCAGUGGCGUCUCUGACCCCAUAUUGUCUACAUGUGGCUCUGGCCCACUCUGCAGCUCCAUCAGUGGCACAGCGCCCAACUCUCCAGUCAGCUUGCCUGAGUCACCCAUCUCCCCGUCCGUCUCAGGGCCCUGGGGAGAUGAGUGCACCAUCUGCUACGAGAACAUGGUAGACACGGUCAUUUACUCCUGUGGACACAUGUGUCUCUGCUACUCAUGUGGUCUGAAGCUCAAGAAGAUGGCCAAUGCUUGCUGCCCCAUUUGCAGACGGGCCAUUAAAGACAUUAUCAAAACAUACCGCAGCACUUAGAGCAACAGCAGAUGCUGCUGUGGGACCGGGGAGGCGGCAACAAGGCUGUGGAAUAACACAGGUCCUGGUCUCUAUUCAUCACCUGGGCGAUUUGACAGCCACCACCACCUACCGCCCGAUCCCCUCUUCCACGGACAACAGACGAGACCAGCUUAGCAGCUGCUUUUCUGCCCUCAGAGCAAGCCCUGGGGCUGAAUGCCAUGCCCGUGCAUCAGGGACGUCAUCAUGGACUGCUCUCCCCCUUGGAUUUUAAACUUUAUCUCAAAAAAAAAAAAAAAAAGAAAAAACCAGCUGGAGCAAUCGUCCCUUUUCUACGCCAUGCACAGAGGCAGGGAGGCUUCAGUGCCUAGCAGGGACACUAAGUGUGAAACGGUUCGAUGCGGCACGUCUGCUGCUGAACAGCCGCGGUGUGCAGUGGCCGGCUUAGCAGAAGAGGAGAACCAAGCAACACGUUUCCGCGUGCAACUCACCCGACCGUAGGAAGUCCUAUCUGACCAUAGGCCAGAGUGGGGCGCGCUUUGAACCAGGGAGAAAAGCACAGCAAAGGUGUUCAAAGCCAAAGGCCCAGGGGGUGUGGGGGGAGAGGUGCAGACGAAAACCUAGAAAUCAAGCUGCCCACAUUCCACCCCCCCCCCCCCCCCCCCCGCCACGUUCAUGGGGCAGCAAGCAGCCCCUGGUGAUGGCCCACAGGCUGCACCCCCCCACCCCCCCAGCCCGGCCCACUGCAUGACUAGCAACCCCUCUCCUCACCCCACCUCCCCAGAUUUCCUAUUGCUUGUCCCCAGCGGUCUCCAUGCAGCACAAGGCAUUCAGCAGUGUUUCUGCUCGCCUGGGCCUGUGGGAGAGGGAGCUGCAGCUCCCUCCCCCAAACCAUCCACUUCUGAGGGAGACCAAAAAAACAAAAAGGAAAAGAAAAAAACAAAAAAGCCCCACGGGGGAAGAAUGUAUAAACGCACAUGUCUGCAGGUCUCAUUUACUGGUAACUUUAUCACUGUGCUUUAAAAACGAAAAUAGCCAGGUGGUACUAAGCCCUUCACAGCCAGCCUGCUGGCAGGACAUGGCUGUCCUGCCACGUUACAAAGGGAAAGAAAAGGAGGAAGAAAAAAAAUUAUGUAGCUUGAGGAGUUUCGUUUGCUUUGGUUUAUUUAAAUAGCUGCCCCCACCACCACCACCCCACCCCCCAGCCCCAGCUGGGCUCCCCACUGCUGCCAUGCCGGGGCGCUCGGGCCUGCAAUGGCGGCCCCAUGGUUGUUGUGGUAACCGCCGCCUUGCCAGCUCUGCUCGGGCCAGGCCGCAGGGCUGCUGGGCCUCCGGGGUGUCUCCGGCCGGCUCCCCUCCGGCCCCGGGCAGCCACCCACUGCCUCCAGAGGCAGGGCAGGAGGACAAGGCGGCACCACAGGCCCAGGGUGUCGAGGGCUGCGGCACAGCAGCAGUGUCAGUUGCUGCCAUUUUGCGUGUGGUGGCCAAGAAGUGAGGCCGGGGCCGGGCGCCCGGUGGUACCGCUCGCGCUGGGCCUCCUCCUGCACUUCACCCCCCUCUCCUGGGGGCCGCGGCGGCGGAACGGGUGUGAGCCCAUGUUGCUGCCAGUGGCGCAGCGGUGCCCGCGCGGCAGGGCCAGCCCCUGGUGCAAGGCUGAGCCCUGCUCCCUGCAGCAGAGCUGGAAACACCACCCUCCCCAGCCCCGCAAGGCGGGGGGAGAGGAAAAGAAGAUGCUAAAAAUGCUACUAGCUGGAGGAGGCACUGCAGAGCCUUUCUCCGGCGGUGCUAUCCUCGCUCAGUCCCCUGCGUCUGUGGUUAUUCCCCACCCGCCAUGGGGAAUACUUAACUUGAAAGUUGAUAUUCUGGUUACAGGGAUUUUGUGUGUGUUGUUUUUGUUUUUGUUUUUGUUUUUUUCUUUUGCAUACCUCUCAAGCACACGCUUACAGCCAGGGCCUGAGCUCAGCACACCGGGCUGGCACGCAGCAGCCUGUCGAAAGCCCUGGACCUUCCCAGCGGACCCAGGAUGCCUCCUCAGCACGCGGGGCAGGAGUCUGGCCACCAAGCUUAGCGCAAGCCUAGAGCAGGCACUGCACCCGUGCCAGGUGCACAGCCGAGCUGGUCGGGCACAAAACCAGCCUCCAGCUCACCCAAGGACAGGUAGCAGUGAGGAGCCUGUAUCAGUAGCUAUUAAAACUCCAGUGCAAAGACUUGGGACCUGAGAAACCCAAGGGGUAGAAACAUGAAAUAGAGGAUGUGGGAAAAUGUGCAAUAAGCAGCCUCCCGAGCCUUCAUCAAGCCAACAGGAUCGGUUUCCUUCUGUGCAGGGCAAGCCAAUGGGUACAUUUUAUUUCUCAAGAAACUCCAUCCAUGGGUACCAGUGCAGUGGUGUGAAUUCCCUUUUCACCUUUUGAAUCCAGAAUGUUCUAAUAUAUAACUGUGUUUGUUUUACUGUGGACCAAACUUAGUUAGCAGCAGCUGAAACCUCCCCCAGCAUCCAAGCUCAAGAAUUGGGGUUCAGUCCUACUCCUGGCCUCCACUGGCCAGCAUCAGCCCCCAAAGCACAGCUGGCCUCAGGGUGCGAGCAGACAGGAGAGGAGCAAGGCUCUCUCCAGGGAGAAAAACAGCAAAAGCAGUAACAAGGACGACGAAAAUCCUAACAUUAUGUUUUGUUUGACUCGUGUAGGUUUCCCAAGUACCUUCGUGUUCUUGUGUCAUUUGCAUUUCAUUGCUUUACUUUAAGAUGUUUUGUGUUCUGUUUAAAGAGAAGAAUAACUCAUUGUGAAAAAUUGGAUAACUGUGAUUGUGAAUAAAGUUGAUUUAGGUAUCCCA